AUGGUAGAUGCGCACGACACUACGCUCUUGAGAAGCACACGAACCAUCCAUCUUGCGAGGUCACUGCACAGCUCAUCCAGAUCCAACAUGCCCAUUCAGGUUGGUAGUCCCCUUCCAGCAGUUGAGGUCCAUGAGGGUGAGCCUGGAAACAAAGUGGCGAUGGACCAGCUUUUUAAAGGCAAGAAGGGCAUUCUAUUUGCAGUACCUGGUGCUUUUACACCUGGAUGCUCCAAGACACAUCUACCAGGUUAUGUGCAGCAAGCAGCUGAUUUGAAGGGUAAAGGAAUUCAAGAGAUCGCUUGCGUUUCAGUGAAUGAUGCAUUUGUCAUGGCUGCUUGGGGAAAGGAACAUGGAGCGGAUGGCAAGGUCCGGAUGCUGGCUGACCCAACUGGAGCAUUUACUAAAGAAGUUGAUUUGAUACUUGACAGUGAUCAAAUUGUGCAGGUUCUUGGGAACAACCGAUCUAAGAGAUAUGCUAUGCUGGUUGAGGACGGUAUUGUCAAGAAGAUCAGUGUGGAGCCUGAUGGCACAGGACUGACUUGCAGUCUGGCUUCCUCAAUUUUGUCUCAGCUGUAA